AUGGUUUCCAAAAAUUCAACCAAGUUAUUAAAUAUAAGUGUAGCUUCUUUUUGUAAGAGUAACCAGUUGAAGAAAGCCGAAAUUGCUAUAAAAGAUGGUAUUCAAUCAGGUGUAUUACCCGAUGUUGUUACUUAUAAUACCUUAAUUUCUCCAUAUUGUCGUAUUGUCGGAUUUGAUGCUGCUUUUUCAGUUAUUUCUAGAAUGAAAAAUGUUGGAAUUGAAGCAGACCGUUUUACCUAUACCGCAUUGAUGACUUGUGCGAACACUCAUUGCUUGUUUGAGACAACUAUGAAAUUGUUCGAUAAAAUGGUCACGAGAAAUAUCAAACCAAAUGUUUGGUCUUACAACAACUUGAUUCAUUGUUAUUUCAAAUCAGGAAAUCCAAAGGAAGCUAUCAAGGUAUUUAAUGACAUAAUUGAUCCUUGUCCAACAACUUUUAAUAUAAUGAUUAAUGGAUUAUUCAACAGCGGUUAUCCAACCAACGCAUUCAUUUUCUUUAGGAAUUUGCAAUGUCGUGGUUUUGUCCCACAAUUAUCUACUUUCAACAUUCUUAUUAACGGUCUUUGCAAAUCAGACAUGCUAGAUUCCGCAACAAGAAUUUUAUCGGAGCUUGAGGAAUCAGGUCAUAAGUCAAAUGAGAUAACUUACACGACGAUAAUGAAAUAUUGUUUUAAUUCUCGAAAGUAUGAAAAAGGGUUUGAGAUAUUUUACGAGAUGAGAGAUUUAGGUUACGCAUUCGACUCGUUUGGAUAUUGCACGGUUAUUGGUGCUUUGGUUAAGAUUGGUAGAUUAAACGAGGCUAAUAAAUAUGCUGAAGAGAUGUUGAGAAACAAGGUUAAGCUGGAUUUAGUGUGUUACAACACAUUGAUUAAUCUAUCAUUUAAACGAGGGAAAUUUGAGGAAGUUGAUAAAUUAUUAAAAGACCUUGAGAAGGCCGGUUUUGCACCUGAUAAGUACACCGAUGCGACAAUAAUCGAUGGAUUUCUCAAUUCGGGUGAUUUUGAUAAGGCUAAAAAGCUUUUGGAUAAGGGUCAAAUUGGUUUAGAUUUUAACAUUGUGGCUUUCAAUAGUUACUUAAACGCUUUGGCUAAGAAUGGAGAUCUUAAUGGUGCGAUGACGAUGGCUUUCAAUUCGAGUGGUUUUAGGGAUUCAUAUACGUUUUCUUCUUUGGUGCAUCAUCUUUGUAAGUUUAGAAGAUAUAAUAAAGCAUUUAUGUUACUUCAAGCUUAUGUAAGAUUCGGCGGAAAGAUUCUUUUGUCAGCUCAAAGAGCCGUUUUUAAUGGACUUCGAGAUUCAGGGUUAAUAAACGAAGCUAAUGAAGUUUAUAAGAUAAUUCAAUCAUCGAAGUCGAAUGACAUGGACGUAUACGAGUGA